UAGAAUUUUUAAUUCAAUUCAAAAAGCCCGCGCUUUGCCCCGACUUCUAAAUAGGGACACGUGACUGAUCAUGUGACAUAUCAUAACUUCCGGGCAGAACACAUGAAAAAUAAUAAAAUCAUUUUUCUCCAUUCAUUUAGGUAUUUACUAAUUCAAUUACAUUGUGAUGGGUAAGAAAAAGAAUAAGAAGGAAAAGAAAGGUAAAGGAGCUGAAAAAACGAAUCUGAAAACAGAAAAAAAUCUGGAAAAACGCCAAAAGAAAGAACUGCUCGCGAAAGGAGAGGAUGAUAUUGAGGCUCUCAUAGCAGAGUUCCAGGAGAAUGACCGCAAGUUAACAGAAGUCCAAGAGGAGAAAACUGCACCACCCUCUCCUAGGUGUAGCAUGACAUUAACUGCCCAUCCUGAUAGAGAUGAACUUAUCUUAUUUGGAGGAGAAUUCAGUAAAGGCAAUAAGACUUAUGUGUACAAUGACUUGUAUGUAUACAAUAUAAAACAUGACAAUUGGAGCCUAAUGAAAGCCCCCAACCCCCCACCCCCAAGGAACUCACAUCAGACUGUGGCAGUUAAACAGGGUGGUGGCCAAUUAUGGAUAUUUGGGGGUGAGUUCGAGAGUCCCUCACAGUCACAGUUCUACCAUUAUAGGGAAUUGUGGGUACUUCAUCUGCAGAAAAAACAAUGGGAGAAAGUCAAUGCCCCUAACAGUCCUUCAGCCAGAAGUGGACAUAGGAUGGUACAAUUCAAGAAGUCUCUUGUUGUAUUUGGAGGCUUCCAUGAUAACACUAGGAGCUAUAAGUACUACAAUGAUGUAUACACAUUUGACUUGGAGAAUUACCAAUGGACAAAGCUACUGCCCAGUGGAACACCACCACCCCCAAGAUCUGGGUGUCAAAUGGUUGUUACAAAUAACGGCGUUGUGAUCUAUGGAGGCUACAGCAAAGAGAAAGUGAAGAGAGACUUGGACAAGGGGAUAACACAUACAGAUAUGUUCCUUUUGACCCCAGACACUAAGGCUGCAGAUGCUAGUGACCCUAAGGCGUGGAAAUGGGUUCAACUGAAGCAGGGUGGUAUUCGUCCUAACCCGCGCUGUGGCUUCUCUCUGGCGCAGAUAGGCCCAAAUAAGGCCUUACUGUUUGGUGGUGUACAUGAUGAGGAGGAUGAAUCUGAUGAUGAUGAUGAAGCUGACUUGGAGGGAAUGUUCUUCAACGAUCUCUACACACUUGACUUGGACAAGACCAGAUGGCAUGAACUAGAAUUAAGAGGAACAAAAGUAGCUGAGCGUAAAAGAAGGCGGAAAAAGAAAGACAAUGCAACUGAUGAUGCUGUCCAGGAGUCUGAUACUGAAGACUCCAUGGAAGAAGAAUCAUCUGAUAUUGCAGAAAAAGUACAAAAAUUAGUAGUGGAUUCAAAUCCAACUGACAAUGCUCCAAUGGAAACCAAUGAAUCAGUGUUUAGUUUGUCCCAGGGCGGAGCAGCCGCACAAAACAAAGCUGAACUAUUUACUGACAUGGACUCUAUUAUGAAGACUGGAACUACUUCAGAAAUGGCGGAUGAAUCUGAAUCUGAACCAUUUGUGCCAUGCUCUAGAAUGAAUGCCCUGACAGCUGUAAAAAACAACACAUUGUACUUAUAUGGUGGCAUGUAUGAGAUUGGCGAGAAACAAAUAACAUUAUCAGACUUCUAUAGUCUAGACCUCCACAGACUUGAUGAAUUUAAGACCAUAAUAGAAAACACAAAUGCACAGGAGGAGGAAUGGGAGGAUGCGAGUUCAGAGGAGGAUGACGAGGAAGAGGAUGAAGAUUCCGAAAUGGAAGAGGGCAUGCCAGACAUCGAAGCUGAUGAACCUGCAUCUGAUUACUUCAGCCGAACGCGUGAUUUCUGGUUUGACUUGGCGGAAAAAAAUUCCAAAGAGGAAGGAGAUACCUUGAACACUAAACAAUUGAAGAAGCUAGCUUCAAUGAUGGCUAAAAUGUAUCACAAAGAACAGACUAAAGAAUAAACACCAUUCAUAAAGUACAAAGUGAGAUUUUAAUGGAUGAAAAGGAGAAAACAAAUAAAAUCUAGAAUGAGCUGUAAGAGUUGUAAUCGUUGUUAUGGAGAUUUCAUACAUAUUCAGGUAAAAUAGAUAAGAAUGUUAACUAACACCAUUUAAAGAUGGCAGCUGUGUUGUCCAAGAUUGAUGCUACU